GUUGACGAUAGCGGCCCAAAAGUCCGGAAGCUGAUAAGCAAAAACUGUGCUGCUUUUGAUGCCGCCUGUGACGCGUUUGAUUUAUCACGACAUGGCGAACUUUGAAACCGAGACACUGGUGUCGGGUGUUGCCCUAGGAACGGGAGUCCCGCGAUCCCCGGAUGUUAAACAACGGGGACUCCAGUGUAAAUCUCAUUUGGAACUAUCAUUGAGUGUAAUGAAAAUGUAAUAUUUGUGUUGAUUUAAACAUCAAUGGAAGUGGAGUAGCCAAAGCAAUUUACCGGGUGCUAACUAGAUGACAGACUGUUUGUUUGCAAUGCAUUAUGGGAAUAUAAAUCACACUUUUUUCAUUAGUGGUCCCCGAUUGAUUUGCUUUUUUAACAAUGUAAUUUUUUCCUUGAGUUAAUAAGUAAAAAAUGUCAUUUUUUUCUAUAUCGAAAGUAGUGAAUGUGUUUGUCGUAUUCAAUGAAAAUUAAUGCGCGAGGAUUUAAAGAGCUUUUAUUACGAUGCUUGGGAACAAAAGCACAUGACGCUUUGAGUACAAUGCAUUGUAAAGUUGCAUUGUAACAGUGUAUUCUGUAUAAGAAAUGCCAGUGGAUAUUAAUAUUGGAACGCUUAUAUUGCCAUUAUUAUUAAAAAGAGAAAAUUUGUAAAUGUGAAUUCUAAAUGGACGAAUACAAUAGUAUAGAAGAUUACAUUCGAGAUGACAAGUUUUCUAAAAUCUCGCCAGAUGCGAAAUCGUACAAAGUUCAAAUCAAACGACAGAGCUCGCCGUCAAAUGACGAGAAGGAACCGGAAAAGAAGCAGCAGCAGGAAAAACCAAAAAGUGGCCAGGGCAAUGUCGUAAAUGGACCGGAUAUGACGUGCAAAUCUACCAAAAAUCGUCAGCCGUGUAAAAAGGGCCGGUUGCCCUCUGAGGACAGUACAUCCAGUGAGUCGAGCGUGAUGGGAAUACCCGGUCGACGUGACCCCGUGACGUCACGGGGACGCACCAAGAACCAGCGCGGUCCACGCGGCAGAGGAGUCCCCGAGGGGGCAGAGAAAGCAAAUGGAAAUGGGAAGAAAAAGACAAAACGAACUCCUAAAGCUACAAAUAUUGUUACAACAGAUUCGCCCACAUUGAGCUCUCCUGUACAACCACUUCAAGAACAAAUCAACCCCGAGGAAAAAUUUCAGAAGAUUCUUUCCGAGAAUUUAAAAGAGUACAGCCGACAGCGCAUGCGUGCUCUUCACAUGAGUCUCCGCCAUUUUAGUAACGUCGAAGCCCGAAUCACUCAAAAGGAGCUCAGCCAAGCAUUUCAAGAUAACCAGAUGAGGCUAUCUGGGCGUGUCACUCAGUAUUUGAUUGACAAGUUUGAGGACAACAGAGGGAUUGACUGUGAACGCCUUUAUAGAUUCCUUACGGACGCCCACCUCAAAUCAGGCAGGGACAGUGUGGUUGCACUACAAACAAGAAAUGACCUAGAGACGCAAUCGGAAAUGACGUCAGAGGAAAAAGACGCUGACCUUGUUCAGCGAUUGGAGGAGCUUUUGAUUGACAACCAAGGUCAUUUUGACGUGGACUCUUUGAGAGAAAACUUCCAACAUGCAGAUAUUGAAAAAAGUGGGAAAAUCAGCAAAAAUGAGGUCAUUGACUUAUGUUCCCGGCAUCAGACUCCUCUCUAUGGUGCUUUAUUGAAAAGCUUGCUGAGACGUUGUGAUUUGGACAAUAAUGAGCUAAUAUGCUGGCCAGAAUUUCUCAACUUCCUGCAUGUAUCACAGGAAAAUGCCCAGAAGAAAUGUCCGUCCCUCUGUGACAUCCCCCAGAAGCCCAAGCCCCGAGUUCCUGUCACACCCAGUCCCAUAGACGAGUUGUCGGAAGAAACUAAAUCGAGGCUUGUCAGCAAACUGCGUAAAAAGGUAUCGAUGGUAAAGGACCGAAAUUCCAACAUUAAGUCGGUCGAUGGAUUGGAGAAGUCAAAAGAAAUGAAUGGUGAUAUUCGUCCAAACAAUGUUAACAGUGUAGAAGAAGAGAAAACCGUGACCAAGGAAGAAGAAAAUCCGGAUCGGAAGAGAAUCGUAGCUAACAUGCGGCGAGUUACUAAUCUAGUUAAAACGUCUUCUGGAUUUCUAAAUACUGUCAAAACCUUCAUAUCAGGUAAAAGGAAAUCGGAGUCCGAUAUGAAAGCUCUUGCCCUAGAAGCUAAUGACACAAGCUAUGACAUCAAUAGCAUGGACGAUCAAAUGACGUCAUCGCCUACCUAUGAGAAACACCCAGAGCACUCUACCCAACGUACCAAAGGCAGUGGAGUAAACACUUCCUCAUCAGAACAAAAGCCAAAAACUUGUAGAUCCGCCCCACUCCUUUCGGAGUGCGAAGGAAAGGAGGUCUUGAAGGAACCAGUCAGUAAAACGCCCACCGAUAUUAAAAACUCUUCUACCGGAAACGUCAAAGAAGUUUCCACAUCGAGCCGCCAUAAAACCGACAAGACGUCAUUUUCUAUAUCGACCAAGAACCGUACUGUAUGCUUUCCUCCACCACCUGACGUCGACAAAUGUCAAGAAAUUCUGGAUCCGCCAACACAAAGACUAAAGUUAGAUUGGGUAUAUGGUUACCGUGGCAACGAUUGCCGUAGCAACAUUUUUGUUUUGGUUACGGAUGAGAUUGUGUACUUCCUGUCCAACAUAGCCGUGUUGUACAGCAGACAGACACACAAACAAAGACAUUACCGGGAACACACAGACGACAUUAGAUGCCUGACCGUUCAUGCCAAUGGGAACAUUGUCGUUACUGGCCAGGCGACCAGCAAAACGGACCCACAAAACCAGGCUCACAUCCGGGUAUGGAGAGCCGAUAUUUUGCAGACGAUACAGGUGCUUGGAGCGGGAAUGUAUCAAAAGAUGGUUUUGUCGGUGGCUUUCUCCGGUUCAUCUGAUCUGCUGGCGGCUGUGGACAACAGCGCUGAGAAGCGGUUGACAUUGUGGAACGUCAUUUCCGGGGAACUCAAAGGGGAUACAAUCGUGAACACGGAGAAUAUAUGUGAACUACAGUUUAAUCCUAAGUACCCGGAUGUGUUGGCGAUUUCCGGUAAAGAGUACCUCUCAUGGUGGAAGAUUUACCCGGAAUCCAGGAUGAUCCAACCUUUGGCCCAACCGGAUUAUGAGAACUUCCUCCGCGCUAAGUACGUGAUUUGCCUGUCCCACAAUGACCGCGGGGACCUGAUGACGGGGGACUCUAACGGGACGGUGUACGUGUGGGGGGACGGGGGCAACAAGAUCACCAACUUCAUCAAACACGGCCAUGACGGACCAGUGUUCACAGUUCUGUGUCUGAAGACCCACGUGCUAACAGGUGGGAGGGACGGGUUCAUCUAUUCCUGGCAUUUCAACAAGAACAUGGACAUGGAUGGGGAAUUACAGAUUCCAAAGUCGGAGGGUGGGGUUAGACUACUUGUUCCCCAUGGCGACAGCAUUAUCAUUGGUACAACAGUGAACUCAAUGCUGUCAAUCACUCUGUCCAAGAAAAACAGUCCACUGAAAGACGUUGUGCUGGACCAAGUACCUAUGACACAAGGUCAUUUUAACGAGGUACGGGGUCUGACUAGGAUCCCCCACACUGACACUAUGGGAACAGUCCUAACGGCGGGCACUGACGGAAUUCUAUGUUGGUUCAAUCCUUUGGGAAGGGACCCAGUUUGUAAACUGGUUCUCAAGGGUAUACAGUUCCUCUCAGUUGACGCCCUUCCCUCCGGUAAACACGUGGUCCUAGGGACCCGAGAGGGGCAUUUGGUUGUUCUUGACAUCCUUGGUGUAUCAAGUACGGAGUCUUUCAACCAAAAGCUCUGCAAAGAAAAAAUCACUAUUGUGAAGUUCUCACCAGACGGCGCUUCCAUAGCAGCCGGUUCUUCCGACGGUUGCGUGUAUAUCUGUACCUAUGUCAACAAAGAAGAUGGAUCAAAAAGCUGGGAGUUCAAGGGCAAAUUCAAGAAUCAUACAAACGCCAUUCAGUCGCUGGACUGGUCCGCUGAGACGGUCGACUCUGCCUUCCUGAUCAAGAGUUGUACUGCAGCUCCACCUGAACAGUGCGUCUGGAAUGCAGUUAAUUUUUGCCAAACAGACAAACAAGACACGAUGUCUAUAAAAUGGCAGUCCGAGACAUGCGCAGUGGACGUCAGCAUGUGCGGGCUAUGGAACACCAAGUUAGCACGUGACUCCGACAUUCACUGCGUGGCUGUCAAUCCGGAGAGAAGCUUGGUGGCUGUGGGAGACUCAAGGGGACAGAUCAGUCUGUUCAGAUACCCGUGCUUUAAACAGGGGGCUUUCUGCCACACGUACAGGACUCACAGUACUGUCAGGAACCUGCUGUUCAGUGAAGAUGGACAGUUCCUGUUAUCUGUGGGGGGUCGCGACUUAACAAUUCUACAGUGGGAAGUCACAUAGUCACCCAUUGUUACGUCAUUAGCCAAAUCAUAGUCGAACUUGUUGUUACGUCAUUAGCCAAAUCAUAGUCGCACUUGUUGUUACGUCAUUAGAAAAUUCAUGUUAUCAAUUGUUAUGUCAUAAUGAUUAUGUGAUUCCAAACCUGUUGAAAUCCUAGUGAACUAUUACUUGAUUCACAUUGUCUUGCCAUCUGUUUCAAUAUGUGAUAUUAUAAUGUAGAAUACCGUUUACUUUAAUUACUUGCUUUUCUUUUAAAAGUAGAUCGCAUUAUUACUUAUAAACGUAAAAGAUUACGUGUACUUUCUCUUCUGUUGUCUUGCUCUUAACUAAGCGGAUCAUUGUCCCAACCAAGGUUAUACUCGUAUAACUUGGGUAGAUAUUGAGUUCAUUCCUUAUAAUUUAAUUUUCUGUAAUUUGCUUUACAAAUUGAGUCCGUUUUACUUUUAAAAAUGAUAUCAAUCUGUUCAAAAUUAAAAGGUAACGUCAGGGGAUUUGUAUUUGACGUUGGUGCAUUGUGACGAGGCUUGUGACGUGCAAACCAGGUUAAAUUAGGUUAACUAAAUUUUUCUAUCCAAUCAAAUGCCGCGUUACAGCCAGAAUUAAAUUAAUUUCGAUAACUGAAAUUCUUUUUCUGAUAUAGAAUUGUUCUAUUCAUGUAUAUGCAACAUAUAAUGCAAAUGAUGAUAUUAUGCUUAUUGAUGGUUCGCAAAUUCAUUUACUGAAGUUUUAUCGGAUGCAAGAAGAAUUCACGUCUUUUUCCUGUUUUCUUCUUUACAAUAUCAUGCAGGAAUAUUUUAAAUUGUGAGAAUGCCUAAUUAACAUAAUUGAUUUGAAAAACUAUGGUAAAUGUACCAUUUCUUUAUUUUAUACACUUGUCUAAAAACUCUCGAGUUUUAUAACUGCAGCUGAUUUUUUUUUAUUGGCUGAUUCAAACUUAUGAAUAUUCAUGAAACCAAGAAAAACAGUCUGAAUUAGCCAAUGGUCAUAAGCGAGUCUGGUCUCUUUGUAUCAUUUUAAUUAUUUAUAGAAUCACGUGUUCUGAACUAGAAUCCCUGAUUUGAUAGAUUUUCUUUAACUGCAUUUUAUAACUAUGAAAAUACUCGUUUACAAGUUGAUGCUGUUCUGUAGAUGUUAAUAAAAUUAUGUUAAACUUUU